UACGCCGCCUAGAGUCGCUGCAAAAAAAGACGGGUUUCACUCUCCGCUCUGCGAAAUUGAACAGAGAGCCUCGAAGAGAGAGAAUAGAUAGAUAGAGAAAGGUUUCAGAGAUAUGUCAAUGGCGAUGGUCCGAUCGGGUCUAAGAACCGCCUUGCGCGGUGGCUCCCGAACCCCUGCUACACCUAAGCGCAAAUUUUCCUCUUCUGCUCAUCACGACGAUGCUUAUGAGACGGCAAAGUGGGAAAAGAUAACAUACGUAGGCAUUGUGGGGUGCACCAUUUUCGCAAUUUACAACUUAUCAAAGGGUCACCCCCACUACGACAAGCCUCCUGCUUACCCAUAUCUGCACAUCCGCAAUAAGGAGUUCCCUUGGGGUCCGGAUGGUCUUUUCGAAGUAAAGGAGCAUCACUAGAGUAGUUUUUUGUCCAUUUGAAACCGAUGUCAUGUGGAAUAACUCUUUGCUCAAAUUGUUUGUCAGAAAAAUUGGUUGACAUUAUUGCAAAUUUAUUUGGAUAAUUUACUUGCUCUGUAAUGUUGUGGUUCUGGAUUAGAGCCUGUACGUGGCAAGCUGUGAAAUCUUUUUUAUUUUAUUUCCGUGAAGGAUGAUUUAAUAAGAUGAAGUGGUGAACUCUCGAUUUGCUGA